UUAUCUGCGACACUAACCCUGCAUUUACAUGGUAUCAGGUUGAUACCAAAAUAUGUAGCAUUGCACCGCCAGAUUGUGCAGUGAUUUUCUUUCGUGGCACUCCAUACGGGUUGCCCCUCUGGGUGGAGAGCCGAGUUUAAACCGUUGGUAAUAUAAAAAUGACAUCCUGUUAAUACUUUCUGGGGGGGGGGGGGGGGGUUAGCUGUAAAACUAUAGUUUUUAAUCCUUGUGCUCUUAUUAUUUUUCCAUUAUAGAUAUUUUUGUUGUGUUUUCUCUCCUGAGCCGCUAUUGUGCUGCAACAACAGUCUGACAUCAUUAUUACAGAGCAACUGGGAGGAUCUGUGCGCACUGCCCUUUAAAAUGUGUCCGUCAUCCCUCGGCUAAUGGAAAGUCACUCUGCUUGUUUUCCCCGUUGCAGAUUUGCUCGGUCUAGCUAGCCAGAGAGGUGGGGGAGGAGAGAGCCUUUUCCGUCGGCCGACAAUCCAGGAAGGAAGAGAAGAGGACAACGAGGACGGAAAUAACACGCGCGAGGAGGAGGAGGGGGUGUCCAAAAAGGAAACUCUACCCCUUUAAGAGCAAGUGGGACAUAGCGGUGCGAGAAAAAGGAGAGGAGGGGGAGAAGAAAGAGGAAUUAAAAAAGAAAAGGAAGAAAGAGACAGGGAGGGCGGAGGGAGAGCGGGCGAUAAAAAAAGAAAGAUGACAUCCUCGCAGCUGAACGGCCGAGGUGGAGCGGUAGGCUGCGGCCCGGCGAGAGCGCCGCUCGCCGGGGUCAGGGCUUGAAUCCAGCAGCGAGGCUUCGACAGACACCCGACCGGCCUACCGCGGCUUCGGAAAUCGGAAAAAAAUAGACUCAUAAAUCAGAAAAAAAAACAAAGCAUGACCUGCUGUUUUGACAGAUAUUACAAGUCAUAUUCGUCCUCUUGCGUGAAAAACAGCCUUUAUUUCACUGUUUUGUGCGCGGCGCUAAAGAGUAAAACUGCAACGGCUCGGUUAUCAGUAUUAUUACUAUUUUUGGUUGUUUUAAGGCAACUCCUGUGGGCUGAUUUCUGCGUGUUUGUCGAGGUUUGGGGUCAUUUUUGUGUUUGUUAACUAUUAAAGUUUAAAACAGGAGGCAAGCAGGCCGUUACUGGACUGGGCCUGCUCCACCUCUGCAGCCUGCGUUAGUCCCAACAGCUGCGUGCGUCUCAACCCACAGCUCUACCUCAAUGAGAAAACCAGAUUUCAGCACACGGCUUUGGCUUUGUUCGCGCUUUACGACAGAACCGGGGAGCCCAUCGCUCCCGCUGCGGGCCGGGCCUCCGUCCGCGUCCCGAUCGCCACCGGAGGGGCCGAUCCGAGCCAUGCAAAGGCGGCUCCCCACGACCUCAACCUCAACCAGGAGCUGACUUUAUAAUCUCCACCGCUGUCUGGCGCAAAAUGGAUACCGCUUGGAGCAAUUUUCUCUUCCAGAGUACUCCCACCCAAAACCAAGUGGAGGGGAGCCUCCAAUCAGAGCUCAUGCAAGUGCAUACGAGUUCUCCCCAGACCCCACCCACAGAGCACAUAGCGCAGCCUCCUUCCACUGUGGACACCACGGCUCUGAGUGAGGAACCCCUGCCUGAGCCGGUGAAGCCAGCACCUCGGCCGGCUCGCGUGCAACACAUCUGUGCCAUCUGCAACAAGCAGUUCAAGAACAACUACAACCUGCGGCGGCACCAGUCGGUCCACACUGGGGUACGCAUGAAGGACAGGGCCAGAGUGCAGGCGGAGGGAGCAAAGGAGGGAGCCGCCGGCCAGGUGGUGGCGGCGGCAGCGGCCCCGCCGGCCAUGGCGGUGGGGGCCGGAGGGAGGGCGGAGAGGCCCACUGUUCCCCUCUCCCUGCUGCACCUCUCCGUGCCUCCCCCUCUCGCCCCUCCCGGCGUGCUGGCGGGCGUCCAGCAGCCUCCCCUGGGCGGUCAGGAUGGCGAAGGGGUUGCCAUGCCAAACGUCAUGGCUACUGUUAACCCUCAUGCUCCGCCUCCUGCUGCUGUCGUCAUGGCCACAGGGGCGACAGUACAGCGGCCCGCCAAUCCCAACCCCAACCCCGUGAAGAAGAACCACGCCUGCGAGACGUGCGGGAAGGCCUUCCGGGACGUCUACCACCUCAACCGGCACCGGCUGUCCCACUCGGACGAGAAGCCCUUCUCCUGCCCCAUCUGCCAGCAGCGCUUCAAGAGGAAGGACCGCAUGAGCCACCAUGUGCGCUCCCACCAGGGCGGCGUGGAGAAACCCUACAUCUGCCCUCACUGCGGCAAGGCUUUCUCCAGGCCUGACCAUCUCAACAGUCACGUCAGGCAGGUGCACUCCUCAGAAAGACCCUUCAAAUGUCCGACUUGUGAGUCGUGUUUUGCCACCAAGGAUCGCCUGCGAGCCCACAUGAUCCGUCACGAGGAGAAAGUGCCGUGCCACAUCUGCGGGAAGCUCCUGUCCGCCGCGUACAUCACCGAUCACAUGAGGGUGCACAACCAGUCGCAGCACCACGUCUGCCACCUCUGUAACCGCAGCUUCACCACGCUGACGUAUCUCCGCGUCCACGCCCAGAAGCACCACGGCCAGGAGUGGAAGGAGAGCCCCGGCGGCUUCGGCGGCACGGCCUCGGGCGGCGUCCUCGUCUGCCACCUGUGCGGCGUCCAGUGUAAGACACCUACCCAGCUCCAGGGCCACAUGGGAACCCACAGCACCAGCCAGGCCGCACCGACCCCCGUCACCUCCAACGUGGCCGCCAGCAGCUCCGUCUCCCUUAGCAACAUGGUGACGGCGGCGCCCACCGUGUACGUCACCGGGAACACGGUGGUGGACCUGCUCGUCACGGACUGCUCUAGCAUCGCGGCGCCGCAGUCCCACAGUUAGCAGGAUUGGUCUGAAGCGAGUCCCGGGACGGUUACUUGUUGAUUCUGAUCCGGUUUAAUGUUUUAUUUUCCGUUUUUAUUCAAGUAGGUGUGUCUGCAGAAGAAGUAGGCGUUUCCAAAGAAUGACGUUUCACAAGAGCCACACCUGAUUAGACAAGCAAAAAACAAGGACCACGCCUGAUUGGACGAACAAAAUCAAGCCAAAAAUGAUUGGUCACGCAUGUCAAAGUAGCCGUUUUUCAAGAACCAAGACGAAAUUAACGUCCGUCAUUCGACAUUUUUAUUAAAAUCGUUAGCUAACUUGUCCCGUAUCGGAUUGUCAUUUAUUUAGUGAGUUUCGCGACCUUGCUGUUGUAACCGAGGUAGAAGACUUAUUAAGCACUUACAUGGUGAUGGUGUUAGCCGGUCGGACAUUAGCGGCGUCUCCAUAACUCCUCCUCCAGCCUUCUUUUACCUGUGAACCUCCGGU